ACAAUAUUUGCUUGCCUAAUGAUUGUUUUCUACUGUGUAGCUCAUUUAGGAGAAUUCACUGUACCAGUGAUCACACAAUUUGAACCACAGAAGCACAUUACCAGAGCUCAUGUCAAGCACUUAUGCAACCUCAGUGGACUACCCAUAAUGAAGUUCCACAUUCCCUGGACAAAAAUGUCACCAAUAGGCAAAGACAUGCAAUGUGCUCCCCUUCAAGGAGCCAUCUCAGACCCAAUCAACACUCUCAAAUGCCAUCUACACCUCAAUCCAGCAGAGGAUUCUGCACAUCUCUUCGCCUGGAAACACCCCAUGUCUGGUCUCCACCCUCUUUCAAAAAUGGAGGUACUCAGGCAAAUAAAUACCUUAACAACAGUGCACAAUCUCCCAAACAUCAGGGGCCACAGCCUGAGGAUAGGAGGAACUGUU